AUGCAUGCUAUUUCUAGAUCACACCAUGAAUUGAAAGCUGUGGACAAUUGUCGAUAUCCCUUUGCAAAGAAGGCUGAUCUAAUCUGCAUCAAUCCUUUUCACUAUGAACCAAUUCACGCCAAAGCUCCGCCACUACCACCUGUUGUGGUUAACAAAAUGGCUGGAUAUUAUCAAGUGACUCCGUCAGCCAUCGCUGCGCUGACAAAUCAUGGUUUCGGAGCGCAGAAUUUGGAAGAUGUGAGUCAAGAGGAUCAGUUUGUUGUCAACUGA